AUGGAGACAUCAUUUGAGGCAAGGGUAUCUCGCUUGCCAAAGCGACAAAAAAUUCUCCACGAUAGCGACGGGCUCACACUGCGACACGAAAAUUACAAUAUCGCCUGGAUAUGCGCGCUCUAUAUCGAGAUGGCAGCGGCUCGGGCCGUCCUAGAUGAGAUUCAUGAACCUCUGCCGACGGGUGGGGACGACAACAACACCUAUGUCCUAGGAAGCAUAAAGGGGCAUAAUAUCGUGAUUGCAUGUCUGCCCAUGGAUGCGUAUGGGAUAAUCAAUGCGGCCAAUGUGGUGACAAACCUGAAACGAACAUUCACCGCCAUUCGUGCAGGCUUGAUGGUCGGCAUUGGCGGUGGCGUACCCAGCAAGGCUGAUAUACGACUGGGUGACAUCAUAGUUGGAACUAGGGUGAUGCACACUGACCUUGGGAAAAUCAUCGGAGAUGGAAAAAUGCAGCGAACAGCGAUUUCCAGGAUUCCACAUCAAUUGCUUGGAACUGCCGUAUCUGCCCUACGCGCAAAACACGAGCUCGAACCCAGCAAACUUUCGGUCAUCCUCAAUGAAAAGCUAGAGAGGCAUAGUUAUGGUCACCCAGACUCCCCAGAUCGCCUCUUUCAAGCAACCUACAGUCAUGAUGACCCCAUGGUGAGCUGCAAGGAAUGCGAUCAGUCGAAGCUGGUCCCCCGGAGCACCCGGGCAUCCAAUGAUCCAGUAAUCCACUACGGUGCUAUUGCUUCGGGGAGCCAGGUCAUAAAAGACAGCGUUUCUCGGGACCUGGUCGCUCGGGAAUUGAAUGUCAUUUGUUUUGAAAUGGAGGCUGCUGGUCUCAUGGAUAUUCUACCCUGUCUCCCGAUUCGCGGUAUCUGCGACUAUUCUGAUUCCCACAAGAGUAAGGAGUGGCAAAAAUACGCUGCGGGCACUGCGGCAGCGUACGCGCGGGAAUUACUGGAGGAGUUGCCUGCCACAGAAGAAACAGAAGAACAUGUUAGAGGCGCUCAAAUACUGACAGCGGAUCAGUCCCUAUCCCAGGAGCGCCGAAAACUUUUGCUAGAAUCCCUCAGAUUCGAGCAGAUCGAUGCUCGCAAAUUGACCAUCAAAAAGGCCCACGCCAAAACAUGUAGAUGGCUUUUGGGUCAUCCGGACUACCGAGCAUGGUUGGACCCUGUCAAGUUGCCCGAUCACCAUGGGUUCCUAUGGAUCACUGGCAAACCUGGAGCUGGGAAGUCAACAAUCAUGAAAUUCGCUUACUCGAGCAUGAGGACAAAGAAAAACGCUGACCACAAGAACACUCUCAUCGCAUCCUUCUUCUUCAACGCCCGGGGCGGAUAUUUAGAGAAGUCUGUAUUAGGCAUGUAUCGAUCCUUGAUUAUCCAAUUGCUCGAAGGGUACCCGGACCUGCAAUAUGUUUUGGAUGAUUCUGAGCUCAAUCCUAAUCAUAGUCAGGACAGCAACAUUUCCUUGAAUAUCCUCAAAGAGGUGCUUCACAAAGGGGUCCAAGCCCUUGGAAAACGCUCAUUCACAUGCUUUGUCGAUGCGCUCGACGAAUGUGAUGAACAGCAAGUCCUCGACAUGAUUCAAUAUUUUGAGAAUCUGACAGAACAGUCCACAGCCCAGGAAAUCCCUUUCCGUAUUUGCUUCUCUAGUCGGCACUAUCCCUAUAUUCUCAUCCGGUGGGGCACUCGCCUGACACUAGAGCAUCAAGAAGGCCACACGGAGGACCUAGGAGCUUAUGUUAGAGCCGAACUUCGGGCUGGCGACACAGAGAUCAUUGAAAAGAUUCUUGAAAAGGCGGCUGGUGUCUUUAUGUGGGUGGUUUUGGUCGUUGAUAUCUUGAACAGAGAGUAUGCACGGGGUGCGAUGUCCCCUAAGAGGAAACUUGAACAGAUACCCAGUGAUCUGAGUGCUUUGUUCAAGGACAUUCUCAAACGUGACGAUGAAAAUAUGGAAGAGCUCCUGCUCUGCUUUCUUUGGAUCCUGUGUGCGGAACAUCCAUUGAAGCCGGAAGAGUUCUACCAUGCCAUUUGGUCCGGAUUAUCAAUACAAGGCUUGGUCGAUGAUAGUCUCCCGGAUGCUUCAACCAAGGACGCCAAUGACAGUGUCUCUAGACCCCAGAGAUAUGUCAUCAGUUGCUCUAAGGGACUUGCUGAGAUCACAAAGUCUAAACAGCCAUCCGUUCAGUUCAUCCAUGAGUCCGUCCGGGACUUUCUUAUAAAGGAUAGAGGCUUAUAUGAACUAUGGCCCGAGCUUGGACUUGACUGGGAGAGUCUAAGCCAUGAAAAGCUCAAAGAUUGUUGCAACAAUUAUUUGGCACGCACAGACGCCCACGCAUUUGUUGACCAGCUACCGCCAAAUACAAAGCCACUCCAGCGGACAGAAGCAUUGGAUCGGUACCCGUUCCUGGAAUACGCCUGUCAAAAUGUCCUUCAUCACUCCAACGCUGCAGCGAAAGUGGUCCCACAAGACAAUUUUAUUUCCUUUUUCAACCUCUCAAACUGGAUUACCAUCAACAAUCUUUUUGAAAAGUCGAAAAUUCGCGAAUAUACCCACAAGGCACCUCUUCUGUACGUGUUUGCAGAUAGGGGAUAUCCUGAGCUGAUCCGCAUACAAGUCAAACAUGACACUGGAAUGCGUGCACUUGAGGAGAGAUACCCAUAUCCGCUAUUUGCUUCUCUAGCCAGUGGCGAGAAGGCCAGCACUGCGGCUCUCUUGGGCCUGUCUUCAACAAUGUAUGAUGGGAUCGAUAUCACAGAGGGCCUCACCCAUAGGCAGGACCUAGGUCAAUACAAAGGCCGAACUCCUCUUUCUUGGGCGGCACAGGAAGGCCGUAUGGGGAUGGUCAAGCUUCUUCUUCAAAGGGGUUUCGCCAUCGACGAGGCCGAUCCACGCCGAAUGAACCCAUUUACUCUGGCGAUACGAUCUAGACAUAAAUCUGUUGCUGAGCUUCUCAUCACCACAUACCCGGACACACGGUAUAGUCACCGACAACGCUACCUUGACGUGGGACUUCUUGAAGCCACACGAGAAGGCUUGGAGACAGUGGUGAGACUUCUCAUCGAAAGAGCAGCGGAUAUCAACACUCGCGACAAUGAUGGAAAUACACCACUAGCUAUUGCCUCAAGGGCUAUUAGCGAGGAAGUGGUGAGACUUCUCAUCGAUAGAGGAGCGGACAUAAACACUUGCAACAAUAGUGGAGAUACACCACUUGCUCAUGCUUUAGACGCCAGGAGGGAGGAAGUGGCGAUACUUCUCAUCGAAAGAGGAGCGGAUAUUAACACUCGCGACAAUAGUAGAAGAACACCACUAGCUAUUGCCUCAAGGGCUAGCAGUGAGAAAGUGGUGAGACUUCUCAUCGAUAGAGGAGCUGAGAUAAACACUCACGACAAAAGUGGAAAUACACCACUCGCUCGUGCCUCAAGGGCUAGUAGCGAGGCAGUGGUAAAACUUCUUAUCGAUAGAGGCGCGGAAAUCAAUAGUCGCGACAAUGAUGGAGAUACACCACUUACUCAUGCUUUAAGGACUAGGAGCGAGGAAGUGGCGACACUUCUCAUCGAUAGAGGCUCGGAAAUCAAUAGUCGCGACAAUGAUGGAGAUACACCACUAGCUAUUGCCUCAAGGGCUAGUAGCGAGGAAGUGGUGAGACUUCUCAUCGAUAGAGGAGCGGACAUAAACGCCCGCGACAAUAGUGGAAGAACACCACUAGCUCAUGCCUUAAGGGCUAGUAGCGAGGAAGUGGCGAGACUUCUUAUCUAUGAAGGGGCGGACAUCAAAAUUCGCGACAAUGAUGGAGAUACACCACUUACUCAUGCUUUAAGGGCUAGGAGCGAGGAAGUGGCGAUACUUCUCAUCGAUAGAGGCUCGGAAAUCAAUAGUCGCGACAAUGAUGGAGAUACACCACUAGCUAUUGCCUCAAGGGCUAGUAGCGAGAAAGUGGCGAGACUUCUCAUCGAUAGAGGAGCGGACAUAAACGCCCGCGACGAUAGUGGAAGAACACCACUAGCUCAUGCCUCAAGGGCUAUUAGCGAGGAAGUGGCGAGACUUCUCAUCGAUAGAGGAGCGGACAUAAACACUCGCGACAAUAGUGGAAAUACACCACUAGCUUAUGCGUCAAUGGGUAGCAGCGAGGCAGUGACGAGACUUCUUAUCGAAAGAGGAGCGGACGUUAACACCCGCGACAAUGAUAGAAGAACACCACUAUAUUGGGCCUCAGUAUAUAGCUACGGCCGAAAUGCGGAACUGCACAAUCUUCUUAUCAAAAGUGGAGCAGUUAUAAAUGCUAGCGACAGCAUUGAGUACGAUUCAUCACCCCAGGCGUCGACAACCAACGUUGAGGAUGCGGUCAUCCAGAACACGUCUCAUCCGCAGUGGAAUCCAUUUUUUCCCGAACCGAUGACAAAUGGCGAUAACUCUUAA